GAAAUAAGCAUGUUGGCAUGUACUUGACAUGUUAUUAAGAAUGUUGUAAAAAGUAUUUUAAAGGAUUUUCCAGAAAGCGCAACACAUGCACGUAGAAGAGUUUUAUAAUGAAGCGUUAAUUUGUUUAGAAAAAUAUCCCUGUGAUGAAAAAAAAGCAGUAGAAUGUUUGGAAAAAGUACUCUCGGAAAAGGAGAACCAUCGAGGAGCUCUUUCACAUCUAGGUGAAUUACUAUGUAAUGCUUCUGAUGGUGAAGUAAGAGACCCAAAACGGGGUAUUGAAUAUUUAAAAUUAUUCUUGACGGUGGAGCCCAAUCAAGUACCCGAAUGCUAUUUUCACUUAGCCCAAGCCUUAGCAAUGGAACCUAAAAAUGGUUUAGACGCGGUUCAUUAUUAUCGUUUAGGGAUUAACAAAUUAGCGGAACAAUUACCGCUUCAAACAGGUUCGAUAAGGUUCACGUUUUUGAAAUAUCUCAAAAUAUUCAACUUGUUUUUAGAACAACGCGUUAAAGAAUAUUCCAAGGAAAAAAUAGGUAUGGCAUAUUGUUCUAUAGCUGAAUUGUAUACAACAGAUCUGAGGUACGACAUGAUUUUUUUUUUUUGUAAAAUAUUUUCCUUUAAUCUGAAUGGUACAACUUGGGUCUUCUUCAGUUGUGAAGAAAAUGCUGAAACAUAUAUUCUAGAAUCGUACAAGAAGGCAAUCGAAAUUUCUCCUACAUUGCUAGACGCUUUUAGCGGAUUAGUAAAAUAUUACUCUAUAAAAGGUUUACAAGCGGAAGCAUUCCAAGUGGCUGAGAACGGAAUGCGGGUUUUUCGAAAAUCAGCGGAAAUAAUGAAAACAUGUGAAUUAGAUAACGGGAUGAUGGACAACUAUGUGAGUGUACCUGAUUUUAACUCCCAACUUGAUUUCGCAACAAGUUUGAUCAAUUUAAAUCAACUGGAUUGGAGUGAAUUUGUUCUUGAUACAAUUUUAGAACAAGACGAACAUAAUGUUGAAGUUUGGCUUGUGUACGCUGCUUAUUAUAUUGUUAAGAAAGAUGCUGACAGUGCAAGGGAAUGUGUUCAAAAAGGUUCACAGAUUUUGCAAAAGGCCAUUGAACAGUGUGUUUAUUCCAAUAAUAUUGGAGGUCAACAUUACAUUCAACUUUGUGAAGACAAACUAAAGCGUAUGAAAGAAGAAAUCUGUCAAAUUUCUGUUUAGCUAACAAACAAUGGUUUUCGUAUCAUUUGAAAGAAAAGUUGACGAGUGGCUUGGAUGAAUUGCACUACGUCCAAGCCAUCGCUUCGUGCAGGAAUUGAAUUUAUAAAAUUUGGUUGGGGUUUGGCUUGAAGAGAAUUUGCGUGCCGUGGCAUGCCAAUAGAAAAUGAAAAAAGAGGGGUGUUAUGUAUUGUUUUUUUUUUUAAAGUGUUGUGUUCAAAAAGAAUUGGAAAGGUGCACGUAACUAGCAGUUGACAAAGCACAA